AUGGCUUCGAAUGAAAAUUCUACUGAUUCGCCCGCCAGCAGGGAUUUUAAGGCUACGCCUAAAAUAUUUGAGCGAAAAAUCAAGGGGGAACCAGUACAAACAAAAAAGAUAGACAAUCUAAAUAAAGCCACGCCUAUGAAAAGACCUGGUUUUGCACUCGGUUACACAAUACAGUCAACAACGAAGGGCAUCUGGGUUUGGUGUAGAGUCCACCCUGAACAAAAAGACACUGUUCUUAUACUUCUGGACACCGAAGGAUUGGGGGACGUUGAGAUGGGUGAUCCAAACCACGACAACCGCAUACUCACACUUGCUACAUUGCUGUGCAGCACCCUAGUGUACCACAUGAAGGGAGCGUUUGAUCAGGACGCUGUUAACAAACUCACAUUUGUGUCUGAAAUGUCGAAAAACAUCAGAUUUGGCAGAAGAUGUGAUGAAGAUAACCUUCUUUUGCAAAGCGUCCUUCCUGGGUUUGUGCUUGCUUUAAGAGAUUUCUCGCUGAAAUUGAUCAAAGAUGGAAGGCAGAUUUCAUCAGACGAGUAUCUUGAAGAGAGCCUGGCAUAUAGAACGACAAAAGUGUUUGCCACGCUUACCAGAGAAUAUGUGGACGCUCUUGCAAAUGGAGCUCUGCCUGAUGUUGACGAUGCUUUUGCACUGGUUGCUAAAAUCGAAAAUGAGAGAAUUAGAGACAAAUGCAUGAACAUGUUUCGAUCCGGAAUAAAUGAUAUAAAGUUGCCUCUUCCAUCAAAAUCGCUGGAUAAACGUGUCAAGGAAAUCCAAUGUUCUGCGCUUGAAUACAUGCGUACAAAUGCUGUCCGGGAUGUCGCCAAUGUUGUUGAAAAGGAAGCCCAGAUGGAAAUGGAUUUGUUCUCGCAACAGUUUCAAAGUCAAAAUGAAGAGGAAAUAGAAAAGCACUGUACAAACGUAAUAAUAGGUUUGCCAUCCUUCAGCAACUUACAAGCGGGGUUGAAAAACAAAGGUUACAUCGUCCUCGGUGGCCAUAGAAAAUUCAAACGAGAUGUCGACAUGGUCAGGCAGGAGUACGAGCAAGCUCUUCGGGAUUAUGAACCAAGAGAGAUCGGAGUGGUUUUGAGCAAUUUCGCAAGCCAACUUGUUCCAGAGGAAAAUAAAAUCCUUGAAAACAACUAUGAGCUUACUAAGGAUGAAAAAAAGAGGGAGAAAGAAGAAAAUGCAAAAUCAAUGGAACGAAUGAAGGUUGAAAUGGCAGAAGCAAAUCAGCAGGCUUUAGAUAAACUACAGAAGGAUCUGGAUGAGCAACAGAUGAAGCUAAAUGCAGAGCGCGAAAGGCGAGAUAAAGAAGAACAAGAUAAAAUGCUAGAUAUACAUACUAAAAUUGUGUCUCUUGAAGCAAACAAGGAUGAUCAGAAGAAAAUACUUGAUCAAAUUACAGUAUUGCAGAUUGAAACCAGAAAACAAAGAGAAGAAGGAAAUGAAAAGCUCGAUGCGAUGCAUAGAAGUGCAAAGGAAGAACGGGAAAAAAUGAAGAAGGAACGGGAGCGAAAAGACCCGUUUAUAUUUAAAAAUGUGUGGAAUGCAAUUUUUCAAUGA